UUCUUUUUUUCAAACAUGAGUGAUUUUGAUAUUCUUAACUUGAGCAACAAAAAAUCCUUUGUAGCUUCUUUAAAUAAACGCAGAAUCUUUGGAUUGGACGACUCUGAUUCUUCAAGCGAAGAAGACAAUGACAACUCGCAUAAACGAAAGAAAACUAUUAAACAUGUACACGAAGAUCCAGAUAAACAAUCUAAAGAAGUUAAACAACCUAUACCCGACAUACUAAUUGAAGAUUCCAGUGAGAAAUUGGAUUUGCAUGUACAGGCAACACAAUCACCGCAAAAAGAAACAUUAGAGAGAAAGCAAUCAAACGCAGAAUCGACAUUACAAACAGUUGCAGAAUCAUCGUUAGCAUCAAAUAAGGACACAGUUCUUUUAUUAUCUUCCGAUGAAGAUCAAGAGGACGAGCAAGAGGACGAACAAGCAGCUACCGAAGAAUCAGACAUAUCCCUUCUAGAUGACGGCAUUGAAGAUCUCGAUCCUGAUUUAGCAGCUUUUCUGACAGAGUCAACUGCAACGUCUAUUAAUCAACCAGAAAAGAUAACCAUCAAACUGCAAUAUGUUAUACCAAAACAGCAAUUGGUCAAUGAAGCUUUUGAAAGAAUUGCUGAAAAGCUACAAAAGCCUAUGAAAGUUAUUGUGAUGAAUAACGAACAGUUUGAUAGAAUAUUGACUAUCUUUUGUAAUCAUAAAAAGUUAAAAAAGGACGAUAUUGUGCUGGUGUAUAAAGAAGGCAAGGUGUUUCUAAGAGGCACGCCGGCUGGUGUGGGAAUGACAGGAUCAGAAACUCAUAUGAUGUAUGUGUAUACAAUCAAGGCAUGGGAAGAGAAACUAGAGAGAGAUGAAAAGGAAAGGAUAGAGAAACUAAAGCUGAGUCAGGCAGAGCCAAAGGAAGAGGAAACAACAGAAACAAAUGAGGAAGACAACGCAUUGUUUAUAAAAUUAAGGGGCAACGAUAAAAAAGAAAUCCGUGUACGAGUCAAACCAACGACUCGACUAUCUGCUGUCGUUGAAAUGUACAAGAAGAUUACUAAAGUAACAGGAAAUGUUCAGUUGUACUUUGAAGGUGAAUCACUGGAUCUCAAUACGACCAUUGACGAUACCGAGUUGGAAGAUGAAGAUCUAUUGGACGUUGGCAUAAAAAAUGAAUAAAUAAGAAUUUAAGCACAAAAUAUGUUUAUAG